AUGAACAUAACAAAUAAAAGGAAACAAAUUGAAGAAUGGUUGAACGACAGUAGUGUUUCAGAAUAUGAUGAUUCAGAUAAUGACCCGGAUUUUGAUAUUGACAAUAAAACUUCAGAGGAUGAUGAUGUUGAUGUUGAUCCGGCCAAUUCAGGUGAUAUAUUAGAUCAAAAUGCAAAUACCUUUCUUGCAAACAAUAUUUUUGAUGGAUGUAAUGAUGACAGUUCUUCUACUUAUAUGCAACCUUCAGUGGUUUUAUUAUCACCUAGCCAAUCAAUUACAUUAGACUCUUCAAUUUAUGAGCAAGAUGAAGAACAAGACCUAGUUGAGUCAGUUGUAACAGCAUUAGAAUGGAGAAAUGUCACUGGAAACUUAAAAAAUUUAGUAUUUACUGCUCCUUCUGGUGUUUCUAAUUAUUGUAUUGAGCAACUUGAUGAUUAUCAACCAAUAAAUUUUUACAACCUAUUUAUUGAUGAUGAAAUCAUGCAUUAUUUAGUUAAUGAAACAAAUAAGUAUGCAUUACAGUGUAUAGUUUCUGGAAUAGUCAAUGAAUCUAUUUCAGAUUACAGUAGGUUGAAUGAGUGGACUGAUGUGAAUUUGUCUGAAAUGAAGUGCUUUAUUGGUUUUAUUAUAUGGAUGGGCCUUGACAAAAAACCAUCAUUGAAUGAUUAUUGGUCAAAAAAGCUGUUAUAUAAACAUUUUGUUAGUAAAUAUAUGUCCAAAAAUAGAUUUAGAGCUAUUCUUUCCAUGUUUCAUUUCUCAGACAAUGAAAAUUCAUCAAAUGUUGACAGACUUUAUAAAAUAAAUCCUUUCUUAGAUAUGAUGAAUAAUAAAUUCCAUAAAAUGUAUGAACCAGAUGAGUCAGUAUGCAUCGAUGAAACAAUGGUACCUUUUAGAGGCAGGUUAAAUUUUCGCCAAUACAUACCUGGAAAAAGGCACAAGUAUGGUAUAAAACUUUUUAAAUUGUGUAUGAAAGGAGGUUACACUUGGCAUAUAAAAAUAUAUAGUGGCAAAGAAAAAGAACCUGGAAAACAAGUUGCUACAAGUGUUGUACUUGAGUUAAUGAAACCAUUAUUAGGGGCUGGCCGAACACUUUAUACUGAUAACUACUAUUAUACAAGUGUUGAUUUAGCACAUAAAUUGUUAGAUAAAAACACACAUUUAGUUGGUACGUUACGCAGGAAUCGGAAAAACAAUCCUAAGCCAGUUUUGAAUUCUAUACUAAAAAAAAAUGAAAUAAAAGCAAUGGAAAGUAAUAUUGGUGUCAUAGUAGCCAAGUGGAAAGAUAAAAGAGAUGUCUUGUUCCUUAGUACUAAGCAUGAGCCUAUGAUGGUAGAUGUUAGUACAAAAUAUGGUCUUAAAACUUCAAAACCAAUUGCUGUAGUUGAUUACAAUGAAGCUAAAUCAUAUACAGAUGUGAGUGACCAAAAGGCAUCAUAUGCUAGUACUAUAAGAAAGGGAAUUAAAUGGUACAGAAAAGUUGGUAUAGAGUUGUUAACAAAUACUGCAAUUGUAAAUGCUCAUUUAUUAUUCCAAAAAGUAACUAAGAAUAAAAUAAAUAUAUCUGAAUUUAGAGAGAAAAUUGUGUUGUCACUUAUAGAAGAAAAAAUUCAGGACAAAAAUGAGCCCAUUGAUAAUUUACCACAUAAAUUACAGCAAAAUGAAAAAAGAGGAAGGUGUUCCAGAUGCUAUUUAAUGUUUUCUAAACAAUUUGGAAGGUCUUAUGCAGUAAAACAUGCUAAACAAGUACAACAAAAAUGUCCUGGGUGUGAAAAUAAAUUUUUUUGUAAUGAUUGUUUUUUUAGUUUACACAAAACCUCUCUUAAGUCAAAUCCUUAA